AGCAUAAUCAACCAUUGAACAAGUGCAACGAUUUCUUUUUUAUCUUAUCAUAUUUUCCUUAACUAAAUUUGUCAAUCAUAUGGAAUGUUUGUGUUCUACCGCGGCGUAGAACGAAGCGUUUAUUUUGAAUAGUAAUUUAAAGCGCUAGAUUAACGCAAUCCCUCAUACGGUGGUAUGGCAAAGUACAAAAUGUACUUUAAUUUUACGAUUUCCUAUGCAAUGUUUGCGAAUUUGUGUAAUACUUAGCAUUUAAGUGAAGAGAAUGUAGCUUACUUUUGCCCUGGAUGAUGAUUAGCUUAAAAAUGUGUAAUGUUUGGUUUUAAAAAAAUAUGAUUUCGUGAGCUUUUUGCCUGUAGUGCGAGGAGAAUGCCGAGUUUAGAUGUUUGACUACCACUGCCACGUUUUACGAGUGAACAAUUACUAGAUUACCCGUGUUCAGUCAUCAGCGUAAUUGUUGCUGUCGAUACGGACGAUUAUAUUUUUCUAGGGAAUAUUGUGCAAAUUUAAUAAAAGUCGAUUUUCUAACCAAACCAUAUCACUUUCGUAUUUUGCAACGUAUUUUUCCUAUUCAGUUUACCUAUUCUAUCUGGUCGCAUAAGUUCGGAACGAACGAAUAAAGUUGUUUUUCCGUCUUCAUCCAAACGUGUAGAGUUUUCAAAAUCGCCCUUUAUUCCUGAGCUUCGCAAAAACACAAAGUUGCAACCGUCUGCAUUGGCCUUAACAUUUUGACAAUUCUAAUGCCGGCUAGUGCAAAUUUGACGUUCGUGUUUACAAACUGUUCGUAGUUAGAAAAAGACGCGCGAAGCUAAACGUUAUUUAUUACGAUGUUAAACGCAUUGAAGUGAAUAGUUUUUAAACAAAAUGUUAAUGAUUUACUGCUUAUAAGUUGUGCAAGUGUGAAUAACGUACGUUGUAUACUUGUUCCUGUAUCGCUUACACAGAAAACGAUCGUCUCGCAAGUGGUAUGUGGAAUGGUAAUGUUUAAAACAUCCGCGCUAGAUUUGUGGACAGAAGAGGAGAAUCGAACCGGGCUGCUGACAUUCUGCAAAGAUUUGGAUCUUGCGCUUGGCAGUGGCAUUUCCGAGGGAAUGAUCACCGAAUUGUGCGGACCUCCCGGUAGCGGUAAAACACAAUUCUGUUUGCAGCUAUCGGUAAACGUACAAAUACCUCGGCAGCUCGGUGGCUUACAAGGACGAGCUGUUUAUUUGGAUACAAAUUAUGGAUUUUGUCCGCAGCGAGUGCGAGAAAUGGCUCAAGCAUGCCACACCCAUUGUAAGAACAUUACGUUACUGCACAAUCAAAACAUUGACGAAAUUUUGGCCGGCUUUUCGGAAGCGACCGCAUUAGAUGGCAUUCUCUAUUCUCACGUGACGAAUUGUACACAAAUUCUGGAAGCAAUAGCCGUGCUGCAGCAUAAGCUGUACGAUGGUGAGAAGAUCAAAUUAAUCGUACUGGAUUCGCUUUCAUUUCUCAUACGGAAUACGAUCACACGCUCGAUGGAGCGCGUGAAACGUCUCCACGAAAUACUUACCCCGCUGCAUAAACUGGCGCACAAAUUCGGUUGUAUAGUUAUUGUUACGAACGACGUAACAACGCGCAUUUCAGAUUCGGACACUUUCACACGCACGAAAGCGCCACAGAUAGUGCCCGCAUUAGGCGGCAGUCAUACGCACAAAAUCAACCAACGAAUAGUACUUGGCCGAGAUGAAAGCAAUUACGAUUUCCACACUCAACCAAAGUACGUGGCAUCCAUAGAAAAGGGUCAUUUUCUGCCGAACAUUUCGGUACCGUUUCGCAUUGCGACAACGGGCAUUAGAGGUAUCAACAAGCGAUCAGUAUAAAGGUAAUGGGGAAAACGUUUUCCAGAUAGGGAUGAGAAACAUUUAUUAAUGCGUUGGUGAGUGAACUUAAGCUAUCAUUUAAAAAAAACCCGGUGCAAAUCCUGAAACUUUGCAGAGGUAAACCUACCAAAAAGUCGACCUUUCGAGCGUGCCACAACGAAAUUUAAUACGAGGUUAGUGUGACCAAUACAUCACGAUAGUCACCGCUCAGAUCGUCCUGAAAAGGAGUAAAGGUUCGAUCAGCAUCGAUUGGUGUGGUGCACACGGAAGGACCAAGCAAAAGGUAACGUAGGCAAUUAUGACACACAUUAAUCUAUCACCUACGAUGCGAACAACGGAAGUAUUGCGUUAUCAUCCUGUACCGAUUUAGCAAGCAACAACAUAGCACGAUCAAACGCAUUUUCUUUUGUAAUUAACUUUGUAUUAUUACCAACGAGUAUUAACGCUUUUACACCAACAAACACACGUGUGCGGGAGGAAUGUUUUGAGUAGAAGCCUUUGUGCUUCACACCAUUUAUAAUGUUAAGAUUGGAGAAGCAAUGUAGGGGUUUUUUAUGAACAGUUUUAGCUAGGAAUGCACCUGGUGAUGGGAGAAGAAAGCGCACGUUUAGAUUUGCUGUCGAUAUAGUUAUAUUGUUGCGGUGUGUAACGGUUGGAAUUUGCUUGCAUUUAAUGUUUAGGUUUUAUUUCGUCAGAAACGAUAAAAAACAGGAUAUACUUUAUGGUAAACAACGAGUAUAUUUAUCCGUAUGAAUUGCUUUGACAUUCGUGUUACAUAUUA